UUCAUAAAGCAGUGCCUCAUCAAAGUCACAGAAAUAAUGUGCCCGGGGCAAGUGCAGGAUUUCAACAACGUGAGCUUAUCCAGAAAUACAGUGGUGCGAAGAAUCGAGGACUUGUCAGCUAACUUGAAACUUCAGCUGAGAGACAAAGCUUUUGCUUUUGAUUUUUACUCGAUAGCAUGCGAUGAGAGCACAGAUGCUAAAGACACUGUGCAGCUGUUGAUUUUUUUGCGGGGAGUAGAUGAUAAUUUUUGAUGUACUGAGGAGCUGCUUGAUAUGAUAAGCCUAAAAGGCACAACGACGGGUAGAGAUAUUUUUGAAGCUGUGUCAGAGGCAGUUGAAAAGAUGGGGCUUAAAUGGGACAAGCUCUGUGGAGUAACAACGGAUGGAGCUCCGGCCAUGACGGGCGAUCGUAAAGGAAUGGCAUCGAUGGUGUGCGCCAAGGUAAAAGAGAGCGGAGGUGAGGCUUUUAGGAUGCACUGUAUAAUCCACCAAGAAGCACUGUGUGCCAAGACUGUCCAGCUGGGCGAUGUGAUGAACACUGUUGUAAAAACUGUCAACAUAAUUCGAGCUAGAGGACUGUACCACAGAGAAUUUCAAGCUUUCCUUUCUGAAGUGGAUGCUGAAUACGGGGAUGUAUUCUACCACUCUGAGGUGCGCUGGCUGAGCCGCGGCUAUGUGCUGCAGCGGUUUUAUUCGAUGAGAUCAGAAAUCGAUCAGUUUAUGAAAGAAAAGGGCCGACCUCUUCAUGAACCGAGUGACCCUCUGUGGCUAGCCGACCUGGCAUUUUUAGUUGAUCUUACUCAUCAUCUGAAUACACUGAACAAGAACCUACAAGGCAAAGAACAGCUGGUGCCACACCUGUAUGCGCACAUGAAAGCCUUCUGUGUAAAGCUCUGCCUGUUUGAGACGCAACUACGAAGCUUUAAUGCUGCACACUUCCCUGCGCUGUCUGAAAUCAAGUCUGCUUUUCCAAAGGCCGACCUUUCUGCUAAAAAGGAGAAAUAUGUGUCUGUGAUUGCAUCUCUCGUUACAGAAUUCAACCAGCGUUUCCAAGAUUUUUCUGUCAUUGAAAAACAAAUCAAGCUGUUCUCGACCCCCUUCCUGGUGGAUGCAGAAGAAGUGGAAGAGAGUCUGCAGUUAGAACUGAUUGAAAUGCAAUGCGAUGAUUCUCUGAAGAGUCAACAUCAGCUUCUCUCCCUCUUUGACUUCUAUCAGAGUUUGGAUAGUGCCAAGUUUCCUCUGAUGAGACGCCACGCAAAAAGAAUGAUGAGCCUGUUCGGCUCAACAUACAUCUGUGAACAAGCAUUUUCUCUGUUAAAUCAGAACAAAAGCAGAUUGAGAACCAGAAUGGCUGAAGCCAUCUCUGUGAAGUCCUUCGUGUCUCAACCACCAAACUUUCUCCUGACAUUUCAGCCAUCCUUCAAUCCAAAGGACAGCAUCACUGCUCCCACUGAGUGCAAUGUUCUUCACAUUAUAGCUGACAACCUAUUGAGCCCUGAAGAACUAGUAGCACUACAAGCAGCCAUUGAUCCCAAGGGACCCUCACCUUCACAGAAGUCUACCUGGCAACCAAUCAGUACAUACAGCACAUACUGGGCCAACAGUAAGGAACAGUUUCAUUUAUCUUCUUUUUAAUCUGUCUAUUUGAAGAAAAAAAUCAAAUAAACCAAGUGAAAAAGAAAGGAGGGGAAAUUAUAUCAACAUGUCCAUCACAAUAUACAUUAACUUAUAAUUGAGUGCUGCAGAGAAGAUGUAUUUUUGUAGGUCAACCCAGAAGUUAGCAUCACCCUGGUUUCCUCGACAAAAAGCCAAUAGAUUUUUCCUCUGGAUUAAAAAUUUUAUGAUUCUUACAUGUUUUGUUCAAGGUAAUCUUCACAAAUGAACAUUUUUUAUGUAGUUUGAAGCCUACUAUAAUCACCAUUUUAUGUAUUUUAUGUCAUAGAAUAAAACAUGAAGCUAUUUUGAGCUUGUGCUAAUCAUAGACCUUAUUUCAGGUGUUUAACCAAAUAAACUAUUUACUGCACUCUAUUGUGGUGUAAUGUAAUGCUUGUUGUAAUGUUUUGCCCGGGAGACUAGUGUAAAUUGACUGAUAGUGCUAUCUGCCGGUUUGGAAGUUGCUCAGCUGCAUUUGUGAGAAAAUCAAGCAAAGAAAAAUGAAGUCAUGUUUCUGACAAACAUAACAGAGACUUAUGUGUUUGUAUAGAUUGGAUCUUUUAUUUGCUCAAAGAUUUGUAGAAUGGCUUGUAUUCAUUUGUGAAAUAUUAUGUAGGCUCAUAC